CAAUAUCUUUUCAUCUUAAUUCUUCAUUUUAUAGCUAAUAAUUUCUUUGUAAUGGCUAACAUGUCUUUUUUACUAGUACUAGUUAUAGUCCCUUUUGUUCUAAUUGGAAUGAGCUCAGCUCAAUUGACUUCCAAUUUCUAUAAUUCUUCAUGUCCAAAUGUUCUUUCCAUAAUCAAAACAGCUGUCAAUUCUGCUAUCGCUAAGGAGUCUCGCAUGGGAGCCUCUUUGCUUCGUCUUCAUUUUCACGAUUGCUUUGUUAAUGGUUGUGAUGCAUCUGUGUUAUUAGAUGAUACAUCAAGUUUUACUGGAGAGAAGACGGCUAAUCCCAAUAGUGGAUCUUUAAGGGGAUUCGAUGUGAUUGACACUAUCAAAACUCAAAUCGAAUCGUCAUGUGCUGGUGUCGUAUCUUGUGCUGAUAUUUUAGCUGUCGCAGCUAGAGAUUCUGUUGUUAAACUUGGUGGACCUAGUUGGACUGCAGUACUUGGAAGAAGAGACUCAACAACUGCAAGUUUGAGUAACGCAAAUAGUGACAUUCCUGCACCAACUUUGAACUUAAGCAGUCUUAUUUCUUCUUUCUCUAACAAAGGUUUCAAUACCAGAGAAAUGGUCGCUCUCUCAGGGUCUCACACGAUAGGACAAGCAAGGUGCACUACUUUUCGCGAUCGUCUGCACAAUGAAACUGAUAUAAAUGCUUCAUUUGCAACAUCGGUUAAAUCGAAAUGUCCACAAAGCGGAAGUGACAAUAACGUCUCUCCAUUAGACACUACAAGCCCAACUACAUUUGAUAAUAUUUACUAUAAGAAUCUGCGAAUUCAAAAGGGUCUUCUUCAUUCUGACCAACAACUUUUUAGCGGAGGCUCAACAGACUCUAUAGUUAACACUUAUAGUUCAAAUUCAGCCACUUUCUUAGCUGAUUUUGCAAAAGCUAUGGUGAAAAUGGGUAAUCUUAGCCCACUUACUGGAACCAACGGCCAAAUUCGUAAAAAUUGCAGGAAGACCAAUUAAGAUUUCGUAUAAAAACGAGAUUUUUCUAAAAUUUAAUCUCGAGAUUUCAAGUGUUUUUUUUAUAUAAUAUGUAUUUCCUUUUUGUUUAAUCGCGAACUUUGAUGUUCUUGUGUUGUUAAUUUGGAGGUAAAGGUGGUAAAGUUCCCCCUUCCGAUGUCUAAUUUUCCAACGGUUGACUUGAUACAACUUUAUUUUAUUUAGA